UUACGCCAAAGUGAUAAGGUUUACAUCGUCAGACAAACGGGAAGAUUUCGGAAGGGAAACAACCGAUUUUAAUGACCAAGAAGAAGAAGAAAUAAAAGAUUACUCGCACAUUUGCAGCAGUGUGUGUUGAAUAUGUAUUUUCAAGAAUCUUUCUCUCCAGCCGAUUCUCAGUAACUGGCCGAAGUGAGCACAACCUCCUCUGCCAGACUGGUUUCGACCUGACGGAGGAAGCAUGGAGGUCAGGUCAUCGGAGCCCGCAGCUGACCUCCCUCGGACCCCGUCGGGAAGUGAGGCCCCGAACCGGAAACUCUUUCAGACCACGCUGACCAACUUCUUCACCGAGAAACGUAUUUCAAGAGGAAACCCCAAGGUGAAAGAGGAAAAGGAAGGGGAAGCCUCGGACACGACACAGCCCGCUAAGACGCCAAGCCAAAAGAAGAAGAAGAAGAAGGGAGAAAGCAAGACUGGCAAGAGAGACAAGAACGAUGGCGAGAGGAAAGGGAGAACCAGGAAGACCAACAAGAACGAUGGAGAGAGGGAAGCGAAUGCGAGCAAGGGGAACCGGAAUGAGGGAGAGAGAAGAAGGAAAAGAAAGCAGAACUCCAAAGGGGAUGGAGGACAAGACCUAAGCCUCAGCCAGAGCACCGUGGAACAAAAGAACGUCCUGCGCGAGGGUGAGAGAGGGAACGGGAACGCCGACGACCCUGCCGGCAAUGGGGGGAGGGGGAACCAGCAGCCUGAGGAAGGGGACGAAGGGGCCGCCCAACCUGACGAAGAGCCAGCGCCUGUUGGGGUGCAAGAAGAAUACAUCGCGGUCGUACUAGAACUUGAGACCACAGACUUUGCGCACCGGACAGCCGAUAUCCUUCAGAUCGCCGCCACGCCCUGGCUGGAGAACGGCGGCCAGGGCGAGGCGUUCACCGUGCACGCCCUCCCGUCGCAGCCGAUCAAACGGUACGCGGCGAAGGUGAACGGGUACUUCUUCGACGGGGCGUCGCUGUGGCGUUUCGGCGAAGCGGUGCCGGCGGUGAGUCUCCUGGAGGGCCUCCGGCGGUUCCUGGACUGGCUGCGAAGUCUGGGCCCCACCAAGAAGCUCCUGGUCUGCCACUCCGCCCAGAGGUUCCACUCGCCGAUCCUGGAGAGGCACGUCGACGCCCAGGGACUCCGGGAGGAAUUCGAGGACGCGGUGGUGGGAUUCUCCGACACCCUGGGAGUCUUCCGGGAGCUCGACCCCGAGCGGAGGGCCUCCAAGUCCUCUUUUAGGAGGGAUGACCUCGUCCAAGACUACCUGGGAGAAAAAAUCGAGCGGCAUGACUGUGUGGACUCUGUUCGCCACCUGGCAAGCCUCUUGAGUUACUUUAAGGCGCAGGAAGUCAUAAGGAGGCAUAGCUUCUACACGGGCUACUCUCCUCACCUCCGCCCCCAGUGAAGUGGACAGUCCUCCCAUAAUCAAAUUGCAAUUUAUGCUAUGCUUCGUUGGCAUAAUUUUGCUGGAAAGUUUAAUGAUGUUUUAUGCCAAUGUCUUUCAAGUGUGCUCUAAUCAGAGAUCGCAGCGC